AUGUCUUGGGAAACUAUUGGGGCUCAAAAGCGCGACGCCCUUAAAGCGUCUAUUCCGACAGAAUGGGUGAUUCCCGCAGAUAUUCUACCUCCUGACACACAGGCGGAUGUAACAGGAUUUCCUAAAGAAUCUGGCUGGUUCACUGAACGCGAGUUGGAGAUAACAUCAACCCCCGCACCCCAAAUCCUCCUCAAUAUAGCGACUGGAUCCUGGUCAUCGGAAGAAGUCACUCGUGUCUUUUGCAAAGCCGCAGCCGCAGCUCAUCAAUUGACCAACUGUCUAUCCGAAAUCCUCUUUGACAAAGCCAUCGCUCGUGCGCAGGAGCUGGACGAAUACCAACGAACAACAGGUAAAACCAAAGGCCCAUUCCACGGCCUCCCAAUCUCAAUCAAAGACAAUUUUAAUCUCAUCGGCUGUGAUUCAACUGUGGGAUUUGCCUCUCUCGUCAACGACCCGGCGACUUAUAAUAGCACUCUGACCGACCUCCUCCUUGAGGCUGGCGCGGUCCUCUAUGUCAAAACAAAUGUCCCCACAGCCAUGAUGAUCGCUGAAUCAGUCAACAAUGUCUUCGGUCGUACUGUGAACCCUCGCAAUCGCAAACUCACCUCUGGCGGAUCUUCCGGUGGAGAGUCAGCCUUAAUCGCUUUCGGUGGAAGCCGUCUUGGAGUGGGAACUGACAUCGGAGGAUCGCUCCGAAUCCCAGCCGCAUGCACAGGAAUCUUCACCAUCCGACCAUCCUCCGGCCGAUUCCCGAACUUCCAAACUCGCUCUGGCCUCGCGGGCCAAGAAGCCGUGAACAGCGUCAACGGGCCUAUGGCUCGAUCCCUGGAAGAAAUUAUACUCUGGGCCAAAACUAUCGUUGGUCAAAAACCCUGGGUUAACGAUCCCAAGUGCUUGCCAAUUCCCUGGCGCACUGUGACUCCCAAGCGAACACUCAAACUCGCCGUGCUCUGGCAGGACGAGCAAGUCACACCAACACCUCCAGUUGCCCGAGCGCUGAAGGAGACGGUCGCAAAGCUGCGACAAGCCGGCCACGAAGUUGUUGACUGGGAUCCCAAAUGGCACUCGAAGCUUGUCUCUAUUCUCGGUCGCAUGUUCGUCGCGGAUGGUGGGAAGUCAGUCCGUAAAUUGCUUGAUGCGACAGAGGAGCCCUUCCGACCGGAGAUGGAGGCGUACUCUCAAGCAACAGAGAUGGGUGUGUACGAUAUGUGGCAGCUGCAACUUGAGCGGAACGGGAUUUGCAAGGCCUACCUUGAUCAGUGGAAUGCGAGCGGUAUUGAUGCUAUCCUUUGCCCCACGACUCCAUACAGCGGCGUUGAAAACGGAAAGUUUGGUUAUAUCGGAUAUACUGGAGUUUUCAAUGUUCUCGACUACCCUGCUGUUUCUUUCCCCUCCGGGGUGUUUGCCGAUAAGGUCUUUGAUGCAGCAUAUCCCAGCGACGAAUCGCUGGGUAAGGUCGAUACGAAGAUCCGAAAAGAUUACAAUGCGGACUCCAUUCAUGGAAUGCCUGUCAGUCUGCAACUUGUUGGACGGCGGCUCGAGGACGAAAGUGCUUUAAUGAUGACCGAGGUUAUUCUGCAAGCGCUAGGUUGA